CAAAAACUGUCUCACUUUAAAAAUUAAUAACAAACACAAAAAAAUAAUGUAAAUAUUCCAAUAAUUAUUAAUUAAAAAAUCUAUAUUAUUAAAAUUCAAUGUUGUUAUUGUAAAAAUAAGGGAUGUUUUAGAGGUAACAAAAGUCCCUAUAAUUGUUAUUAAUUCCAUGGUUGUGCCUUUUUUAAAUAAUUGUGAUAUUUUUUGUGCAAUGUUCAAACGGAAGAAAUCUGUGAAUAAGCAAAGGCUAGAGCACAAACUCUAUCUGGCCAGAGAAACUCCUGAGCCAGUUUUCGAUCUUUCAGAUUGUGACUUGAUAAAUGUCCCUACAGGAAUUUAUUCCCUUUGCAAGGUAUUCCUUAAGGAAUCCCUUAUGUUGCAAAACAACCAAUUAACAACCCUAUCAGGAGGGGGUGAAUUGAAAGAUUUAAUUAAUUUACGGGUUUUGGAUAUUUCGUCUAAUGAUUUCCAUCAAUUGCCUGAUGAUGUUUGUUUAUUGAAAAAUUUACAAGAAUUCUAUGCUGACAACAAUUAUUUGAAAUCAUUACCCAACUCAAUGUGCCAUUUGGUCAAUUUAAAAAUACUUAGUUUGGCCAAUAAUAAUUUGAAAUCUUUACCUGAAGAUUUAGGGUUAUUGAAACAAUUACAGAAAAUUAGGUUGAGCUGCAAUAAGCAUUUGAAGUCUUUACCUAAAAAUAUUUGCAAGCUUAAGGGACUGGUUUUAAUUGAAAUUGAUUGGGAAAAUAUGGUUUAUCCGCCUAGGGAUGUAAUUGAAAUGGGUACUGAGGCAAUUAUGAAGUAUAUUAGUAAUGAUGUUGGUUUCGAAUACAUUCCAAAUGAAGCUGAAAUUGAAAAUUCUCCUGUACCUGAACCUAUUGACGAACCUGAUAGGUUGCAGGAAAAAUUACUGGACCUAGAGCAAGUAAAGCUGAAAAGGGUGCAAGAAUUUCUAGAAAUUGAAAGAUCCAAUGAAAUAAUGCAAAAGCAAGAAGUUGAAUUGGCUAAUGUGCAUAAAGCUAAUAGAGAAAAACUUUUGGCUUCAUUGAGUCGCCAACAGUCAAAGUUUGACUUGAAAUUGAGCCAAUUGCAACAGGAAAAGGAAAACGAACGAUUCAGGCUUGUUGAGCAAUUGCAAGAAGUUGAAAUUAAUGCAGAUUUUGCCAUUAAUAAUUUGCUAAUGUUAAGCAAAGAGCCUACACAGCAACUUUUGGACAAGGAACAGGAGGAAGAAGAAAAAUUGUUGGCUGCUGUUAAUAGGUAUAAUGAAACAUUACAUAAAAGCGACAUUCUAGAAGCAAUGCAAAACAUCCUAAGACAAGAAACUGAAAUGUUCCUUAAAUUUGACAAUGAUAGAAUUGAAACAUCUAGAAGCAUUUUGGAACAAGAAUUAGAAUCUGAUUCAAAACUAGCCAAAAUCCUACAAGAUCAAGACACCCAAAAGGCAAAUCUAAUGGUCCAACUAAUAGAAGAUAGAGAUUUACAAAAAGCCGCAGUUGGUACUUUAUUGGAAAGAGGCGACGCUAGAAGUUGGGGCUUAUUGCAACAAUUACGGCUGGUGGAAAUGCAAUUGCUGGCCUUAACAAAUAUAGAAAUUGAUAGGAAGAAGCUCAAAAUGGACGAGCAAUUAAAUGAUUUGUCUGAAAAACGAAUAAAUCUCUCAGUUUUGCUGAUUGAUUUAUUGGAACAGCAAAAACAAAGAAGGGCGCAGCUUUUGUCUACGCUUCAAAUUAUGGAAGAAUUCAAUAGUGAUAAUAUGGAAGAUUUUUGGUUGAGGCAAUAUCAGAGGCUUCUUGAGAAGUUGCCAGAUGGUUUGUCUAGAGCCCAAAAAAAUAUUGAUCCAAAAUUAGCUGAAAUUUUACUGGCUAAUGGGGUAUUGCAUUGUUUGCCGUUUUUAGCCAAAUUGACCCAAUGUCAAUCCAAUGCCAAAAGCAUCACAGAACAACACCUAAUAGAAGCUGGCAUAAGGAUACCUUUGGACCGACAGAAAAUUCUAGAUUCUCUCCGCAUCUACUCCAAAGAGCACAUUUCUACUACUCCUUCUGCUCCUGUUUUGGAAAACGAAGCUUCCGCUCCUCAGCCUGAAGAAAUCAAAGCAAUUAAUUCAAUUGAGUGCGUUAUUUGCUUGGAUUUGGAGUGCACAGUGAUUUUUGUGCCUUGCGGACAUCUUUGUUGUUGCGCUGGCUGUUCUGGGGCAGUACAAGAGUGUCCUUUAUGCCGAACAAAAAUCGAAAGAAAAAUUACUAUUAUAGCGCCACAUUAAUUAUUAUUGCUUGAUUAUAAUACAUGUUUUUCUUCCCUUUUUGAUAUUCUAUUGUUGAUUACUACGAUAUUAAACAAGCUUAUUUAUUAUUAAAUACUUUUUAUUAAAUAAAAAUAUAAAAUAUUGUAUUGUUUAAAUAAUAAUUAAUCUUCUUCCAUUGUUUCUUCUUCCUCUUCUUCAUCCUCGGCAGCAUCUUUUUUGCCUUUAGAAGCAGAUUUCCUUGAUUUGGCCUGUUUGAAUCCUAA